AUGGCGGACUCGAGCGACAUCAGAAAGCUCGAAGUACUCUCUCUGGUUUCUAGGAUUUCGCAGGAAAUCCUCAAUCACACUGGUGUGAACGACAGUAGCCUUGCAGAAUUCGUUAUAUCUAUUCAUCUCAAGUCCAAAACACUUCCAACUUUCAAGGCAGCUCUCAAAGAAGCUGGCGCCGAGUUCAAUGACUCUGUCAUCGAGAAUAUAGACCGUCUCAUCCUCAGCAUGCACCCCAAGUAUAAGAAAAAGACAAAGAAAUCGAAUGGGGACUCCAGGGAUGAUGCAUUGAUGGAGAAGGAGAAGCAGCGGAGGAUGUUCCCUGGUUUGUCAAUGCCAGACCAAGAGUGGAAACCACAACCUCAAGCAGAAGAAAAGGACGCUGUUUCCAAAGAGGUAGACGGCCUCAUGUCGCAGCUAGAGAGCUUCUCCAAGAAGCGCUCUCGAGCAGCAGACUUUAUGGAUUCGGAUCCCCCUUCUCCAAAGCGGCCCCGUAUGGACAUGUCUCCUCCUCGUGUUCGUGACCAGGAUAGUUCCAGGGAUGGAUAUCGGUCGCAUGAACAGGGAUCCUCGUCCCGCGGACGAGAUAUAGACGUCGAUGUGCCUCGACAUGACUAUCGAGGCCGUUCAGCCUAUCGAGAUAACGGGCGCGAUACAUUGGACGACAGACCCAUUGUAUACAAGAUAUACAACGGUCGAGUGUCCAGUAUUCGUGAAUUUGGGGCCUUUGUUCAAUUGGACGGGGUGAGAGGACGCGUCGAGGGUCUCGUCCACAUUUCCAAGAUUCAGCAAGGCAGCCGGGUUGGCAAUCCUGCUGAUUUGCUUACCCGUGGACAAGCAGUCAAAGUCAAGGUUCUGCAAGUGACUGGUACAAAGACAAGCUUGUCUAUGGCUGACGUAGAUCAACAAACCGGACGGGACUUGACGCCGCACCUGCGAAUCAAGACAGAGGCCGAAAUGGAGCGUGAGCGAGCAGAGAUGGCCAAUCGCUCGAUGACCGGCUCCAACAACAUACCUCUAGGCGGAGUUGCCGACGAGGGACCAAGAAGGUCCGCUAGGCGAUUGACUUCCCCAGAACGGUGGGAGAUCAAGCAACUGAUAGCGUCUGGGAACAUGGAUCCUUCCGAGCUUCAAGAACUUGACGACGAUUUCUAUAACCCCGUCGCUCGUGCCGAAGUCGAAGAAACUCUAGACGUUGAGGUUCGAGAAGAAGAGCCCGCAUUCCUCGCCGGUCAAACCAAGCGGUCCCUGGAGAUGAGCCCGGUCAAGAUUAUCAAGGCUCCCGACGGUUCUUUGAACCGAGCCGCGCUUGCUGGAGCCGCUCUGCAAAAAGAGCGCAAGGAAUUGCGGCAGCAGGAGUUGAACGAGCAGGCAGACGCCGAGGCGAGGGAUUUCGCAACUCCGUGGCUGGAUCCCAUGGCUCAAAGUUCCGACAAAAUAUUCGCACAAGAUUUGAAGGGUCAUAUCCUUGGACAAAAGGCCAACGAGACACAAGAGUGGAAAGCCGCAACAUUCAACAAGACGACGACAUUCGGCAAAAUCACCAACCUUUCCAUCGAAGAGCAACGCAAAAGUUUGCCCAUUUACAAACUGCGAGAACCACUCGUACAGGCUAUCCGCGAUAACCAAGUCCUGAUUGUUGUCGGAGAGACUGGAUCAGGCAAGACAACGCAGAUGACGCAGUACCUUGCAGAGGAAGGAUUCGCAGAGCAUGGGAGAAUUGGCUGCACGCAGCCGCGUCGUGUAGCCGCAAUGUCCGUCGCGAAACGUGUGGCAGAAGAAGUUGGAUGCCGACUUGGCCAAGAGGUUGGAUAUUUGAUCCGUUUCGAGGAUUGCACCAGCCCAGAGACACGUAUCAAGUACAUGACGGACGGUAUGUUGCAGCGUGAAUGUCUCAUUGAUCCGGAUAUGUCAUCCUACUCUGUCAUUAUCUUGGAUGAGGCUCACGAGAGAACGAUUGCGACCGAUGUCCUCUUUGCCCUCCUAAAGAAGGCGGUCAAGCGACGGCCAGAUCUCAAAGUCAUUGUCACUUCUGCAACGCUGGACGCCGAAAAGUUCUCCAAGUACUUCUACAAAUGCCCAAUCUUCACGAUUCCUGGCAAAAUCUUCCCGGUCGAAGUACUCUACUCGAGAGAGCCCGAGACGGACUACCUCGACGCGUCGUUGAUUACCGUCAUGCAAAUUCAUCUCUCGGAACCACCAGGCGAUAUUCUCGUCUUCCUCACCGGUCAGGAAGAGAUAGACACAGCCUGUGAGAUUCUCUUCGAGCGCAUGAAAGCUCUCGGACCGCAGGUCCCACAACUCAUCAUUCUGCCUGUCUACUCCGCUCUCCCAUCCGAGCAACAGUCGAAAAUCUUCGAUCCAGCUCCCCCUGGAGCCCGUAAAGUCGUCCUGGCUACCAACAUUGCCGAGACCAGUCUUACCAUUGAUGGCAUCUACUAUGUCGUUGAUCCGGGCUUCUUCAAGCAAAAUGCCUACGACCCACGCGUUGGGAUGGACUCGUUGGUCGUGACGCCCAUCUCCCAAGCACAAGCGCAGCAGCGAAAGGGUCGUGCAGGGAGGACGGGUCCUGGGAAAUGCUAUCGAUUGUACACUGAAGUGGCAUUCCGAAACGAGAUGCUUCCAAAUUCUAUCCCCGAAAUUCAACGCACGAACUUGGCCACGACGAUUCUCAACCUCAAAGCCAUGGGUAUCAAUGAUUUGCUCAAUUUCGAAUUUAUGGAUCCACCUCCAGCACAGACCAUGUUGACGGCGCUGCAACAGCUGUUUGCCCUUUCGGCGCUGGACGACGAAGGGUUGCUCACGCGACUCGGGAGGAAAAUGGCGGAUUUCCCAAUGGAGCCUCAGCUUGCGAAGAUGUUGAUUGUCUCCGUCGAUUACCAGUGCUCCGAGGAGAUUUUGACCAUCGUCGCAAUGUUGACUGGCGCCCAAAAUGUAUUCUACCGACCAAAGGAAAAACAGCAGCAGGCAGACUCGAAAAAGGCAAAGUUCCAUCAACCAGAAGGGGAUCACCUCACGCUCUUGGCGGUUUACAAUGGAUGGAAGGCCAGCAAGUUUUCGAACCCAUGGUGCUACGAAAACUUCAUCCAAGCCCGAAGUAUGAGACGUGUACAGGAUGUGCGAAAACAGUUGGUUGGAAUCAUGGAUAGACAUAAGCACGAUAUCAUCUCCGCUGGAAGGGACUACAACCGGGUACGACGUGCCAUCUGCGCUGGUUACUUCCGCAAUGCGGCCAAGAAGGAUCCACAAGAGGGUUACAAGACACUCGUCGAGGGAACGCCUGUAUACAUUCACCCGUCGUCGGCGCUCUUUAACCGCGGUCCCGAGUGGCUCAUUUACCACGAGUUGCUUAACACGACGCGAGAGUAUGCCGUCAACGUGACGGCGAUUGAGCCCAAGUGGCUGACGGAGGUUGCACCCCAGUUCUUCAAGAUUGCAGACGCCACAAAGAUUAGCAAGCGGAAGAAACAGGAGAAGAUUGAGCCGUUGUAUAAUAAAUACGAAAAGCCGGACGAGUGGCGUUUAUCAAAGGUCAAACGCAGCGCUCGGUCUAGUCAAACGUUUGGAGGAGAAGGUUCAGCACAAAAGAAGAAAAAGAAAAAGAAGAAAUCAAAGAAAAAGACCAAGGUCCCGGCUACACAGACGGAGCCACCGAGAGUAGGACUCAGCAAGAUCUUCACUACGGGCGUAUAUCCAGAGGGGGAACUGCAAGACUACGCAGAGGAUAACGUAUGGCGUACGACAAACGAAGAAAAGCGCUACUUGGAGCGGAUGGCAAUGGAAGACGAAUUCAAUACGUACAAUAACAUUCGACGAGCGGCAGAGGUCCAUCGCCAGGUCCGACAAUACGCUCGGAAAACCAUUAAACCUGGGAUGAGUAUGAUAGAUAUUGCCAACCUCAUCGAGGACGGUACACGCGCACUUGUCGAGGAGAACGGCUUCGAUUCGGGCAUUGGCUUUCCGACCGGCCUUAGCAUCAAUGACUGUGCAGCGCAUUAUACACCAAAUGCUGGUGACAAACGCAUAUUGCAGCAAGGAGAUAUACUGAAGGUUGAUAUUGGUGUACACGUCAAGGGGAAGAUUUGCGACUCUGCAUUUACGUUAAACUUUGGGCCAACGUACAACGAGCUACUCGAGGCGGUCCAAGCGGCAACAAAUGCAGGCGUACGCGCCGCAGGAAUCGAUGCACGACUGGGGGAGAUAGGCGGUGCGAUUCAAGAAGUGAUGGAGUCCUAUGAAGUAGUCAUUGGAACGGAGACUAAACGGGUCAAAUGCAUUCGAAACUUGAAUGGUCAUUCCAUUCAUCCAUACAGCAUCCAUGGCGACAAGAGUGUGCCGAUUGUGGACAAUGGCGACCAGACGAAGAUGGAGGAGGGAGAGUAUUUCGCCAUUGAGACCUUUGGCUCAACUGGGCGCGGUUAUGUCAUAGACCAGGGAGAAUGCUCGCAUUAUGCGAAAAUCGCAGAUGCACCACACGUCCCGCUCCGCCUAGUGACGGCCAAAUCACUCCUCAAGACAAUCACGGCAAGCUUUGGGACACUACCGUUCUGUCGACGGUAUCUGGAUCGGCUCGGCGAGUCGAAGUAUCUCUUGGGCUUAAAUCAUCUUGUCUCGCAAGGCAUAGUCCAAGACUAUCCUCCUCUCGUGGAUAUUCCUGGAUCCAUGACAGCUCAAUAUGAACACACAAUCCUACUGAGACCUACGCGGAAGGAGGUUGUAUCAAGAGGCGAAGACUACUAG